CGUGGACCCUGGAGAUAGUUUAUGUCGAAGGUCGAAAUCACAAUAUCGCACAAAAACCUGCGGCGGCGGCGGCAAGGAGCUACGAAGUUCCCGGCGAUUAACUCAACAUUCCAAAGUAACCAAUGCUCUUGUUUCCCAUCACCUGUUGAUUUAUGGAGAGUGGCAACAAUAAAUUCGGAAGAGCUGGAGUGUGUUCUAUGUCCGAGAGAGCUUACAGGCAGUCUUGAUCUUAUAAGCCACUACAAAUUAUUGCCUUUCCAUGAGUUUUUCUGCAAGAAGGCUUGUCCUGUCUCGGUUCUUGAAACGCAUUACCUUCACAAUGUGGUUGGGGACACAGAUAUUAGGAAAGGGGAAGGAAUGCAGUUGGGUCAACUCGUUCAGAGGACUCCCCAAAAAGAUAAUAAUUCACGUAUUCAACCGUUCAAAUUGGACGUGCUUGGCGAAGCCUUUCACAUCCGAGAGUCAUCUUCUGUUGACUUACCUUCUUCUGAAAAGGGAAUUCCUACUGUUGCUGUGAAACCUAAAAUCGAGUCCAAACCCAAAGACAAGCAUAAGAAGCACAAGAACAAAGACAGGGAAAAGGAUAAAGAGAGAAAAAAACACAAACACCGGAGUAAAGAGGAAAAGGAGAAAAAAAGAGAUAAAAAGGAUCAGAAGAGGAAGCAUGAUGGAGUUGAAGAUGUCAAUGGCAUUAAGAAGCACAAGAAAACUAAGAAUAUUGGAGCACCAAAGAAAUAAAAUUACGAGUCGGAACUCNUUAAUAUACCUUCCUACUUCAUUAUCCCCUAUUUAAUGGCAUUUUUUUUUUC